CGCGGGCGGCAGCAGGAGCUCAGGGCGCCCCGGCCCCCCGCGCCGCCACCGGCGGCCCCAGCUCCCGGCCCCGCCGAAGUUCCCCGCGGUGGCCGGGGCGGCGGGAGCGGGUCUCCCUCCCCAGCGUCCCCGGGGAGCGGGCCCGCCCGCUUCGGGUCCCGCCGGCAGCCGCUGCCUUCCGGGCCGGGACAGCCGCCUCCCGCGGGAGCGCACAAAGCCGGAGCCGCCGCGCUGCCCGGGCGGCCGCCCAGCAGGAAUCCCUUGAAGCUCGCUCUGGGAAUGGACAGCUACCUCCAGUUCUGGAGGAGAGCAGUGCCAAUUGAAGAAGCCUUCAAGGCAAGUCAAGUGUGCUGAGAACUCUUGGUGGAAGAGUAGGGGAAGGGGUGACCUUCCAGGCCAACAGCCAUGCCUUUCGGGCUGAAACUGCGACGGACCAGACGCUACAAUGUCUUGAGCAAGAACUGCUUUGUGACAAGGAUCCGUCUGCUGGACAGCAAUGUGAUAGAGUGCACCCUGUCCGUGGAGAGCACAGGGCAGGAGUGCUUGGAAGCUGUCGCUCAGAGGCUUGAAUUACGUGAGACGCACUACUUCGGCCUUUGGUUUCUCAGCAAGAACCAGCAAGACCGCUGGGUUGAACUGGAAAAGCCUCUGAAGAAGCAGCUGGACAAAUUUGCCAAUGAGCCUUUGCUUUUUUUUGGGGUAAUGUUCUAUGUGCCCAGCGUUUCCCGACUGCAGCAGGAGGUGACAAGAUAUCAGUAUUACCUACAAGUGAAAAAGGAUGUUCUUGAUGGCCGAUUACUUUCUUCAUUGGAGCAAGGAAUUCGACUAGCUGGUUUGGCAGUGCAAGCGGAUUUUGGAGACUAUAAUCAGUUUGAAUCUCAUGACUUCCUCCGAGAAUAUGUCUUGUUUCCUAUGGAUUGGACCCAGGAUGAAGCUGUCUUGGAGGAGCUGACUCAAAAGGUUGCUCAGGAGCACCGAACUCACAGUGGUAUUACAGCAGCAGAGGCUGAGCUAAUGUACAUCAAUGAAGUGGAACGCCUUGAUGGUUUUGGACAGGAAAUUUUCCCUGUGAAGGAUAAUCAUGGAAAUGACACACGCCUUGGUAUUUUCUUCAUGGGUAUCUUCAUAAAAAACAGAAUUGGAAGGACAACUGUGAUUUAUAGGUGGAAUGACAUUGGGAAUAUAGCACAUAACAAGUCUUCAAUUGUUCUAGAGUUGAUCAACAAAGAAGAGAAUGUGCUCUUUCACACAGAUGAUCUUGAAAAUGCCAAAUAUAUUUCACGUCUGUUUGCAGCAAGACACAAGUUUUACAAACAGAAUAAAAUCUGCACAGAACAAUCAAGUUCUCCUCCCCCUAUACGGCGACGGCCCACUUGGAGUAGGUCAUCCUUGCCAAGACAACAUCCUUUUAUACUGCCUCCUAUGCAUGUCCCGUGUGGCGAACACUACACUGAAACACAUAAUUCACAAGAUAGCAUUGUCCAUGGAAAUGAAGAAACUUUCUACUGUAGGUCUCAGACCAGUUUGGAUAGGUGUCCAAUGGACUUCAGCUACUUGAAUGGUAAUGGACCCAAUGGGAGCGUAUGUAGCGCCCACAGCAUGAACUCCCUCAAUCGCUCACAGAACUUCAUCCAGGCGUCACCAAUGUCCUCAAAUCUGAGCAUCCCUGGAAGUGACAUCAUGAGAGCAGACUAUAUCCCCAGCCACAGACACAGUGCAAUCAUAGUACCAUCUUACCGGCCAACUCCAGAUUAUGAAACUGUCAUGAGGCAAAUGAAGAGAGGGGUGAUCCAGAUGGAUAGCCAAAGUCAGUCUUUGAGGAAUCUCAAUAUUGGAAACACACAUGCUUAUAACCAGCCGGAAGACCUAGUUUACAGUCAGCCUGAGAUUAGAGAGAGACAUCCUUACACAAUUACAUACGGGCCCCAGGGUGGUGGCUAUAACAAGCCCGUCGCCCCGACUGACCAAAUGAACCCUAAUAAUGCUGCUCAAAAUAAGACAGCAGCCAGUGCCAUAUCCCACACUGUCAGCACACCAGAACUGGCUAACAUGCAGCUGCAGAGCAGCCAGAGUUACAACACUGCUCACAUGUUAAAGAACUAUCUCUUCAGACCCCCACCUCCAUACCCGCGCCCACGUCCUGCCACUAGCACGCCAGACCUGGCAAGCCACCGGCACAAGUAUGUCAGUGGGAGCAGUCCCGACCUGGUCACUCGCAAAGUCCAGCUCUCAGUAAAAACCUUCCAAGAGGACAGCUCGCCAGUCAUCCGUCAGUCGCUGCAGGAGGUCAGCGAGCCCCUCAUGGCAGUGAAGCACCACAGCGCUGUGAACAAGCGCCAUAGUUUAGAGGUCAUCAGCAAUAUGGUACGUGGUAUAGAAGCCAUGGCAUUAAAAACUUUAAAUGCCCCGCUGCCACGCAGGAACACUUUGCGGGAGCAGGUGCAGUCAGAAGAGUCGGUUCAGAUGGGGCACGAUGUUCAGCAGGUUCCUCAUUAUCAUCACAAAAAGACAUUCUCUGAUGCCACGAUGCUGAUACACAGCAGUGAAAGCGAAGAGGAAGAAGAAACCCCAGAAUCGGUGUCGCGGAUAACAGCCCUCCAUGAGAACAUGGAGUACAGUGCUCAGCUGCAAGCUGCCUUGGCUAGAAUACCAAAUAAACCUCCUCCAGAGUAUCCUGGGCCUCGUAAAAGUGUCAGCAAUGGAGCCCUGAGGCAGGACCAUGUUAGCAUUUCUGUGGCCGUAGCCAGGGCCAAAGCCAUGAGGCCAGGGCCUUCCAAAGCCAUUAGUGUCUCUCGAACUGAUCAAAUGGCAAUAAAUGGGUCGUCACUCGGGCCCUCUAUCUCAGAGCCUGACCUCACGAGUGUGAAGGAGCGGGUCAAGAAAGAACCUGUCAAGGAAAGGCCUGUGUCUGAAAUGUUUUCUAUUGAGGACAGCAUUAUAGAAAGAGAAAUCAUGAUGAGGAAUCUAGAAAAGCAGAAGAUGGCAGGCCUGGAGGCCCAGAAGAGGCCCUUGAUGUUGGCAGCACUGAACGGACUCUCAGUUGCUAGGGUUCCAGUGCCGGAGGACAGCCAGGAUGAAGUCGCCAAGGUGCCAAUGGAUGAGAGGUGCAAAAUCUUGAAGAGGAAGUUGGAAGAGGGGAUGGUGUUUACAGAAUAUGAGCAGAUUCCAAAGAAAAAGGUAGAUGGAGUCUUCACCACUGCUGCCUUGCCUGAAAACGCUGAGCGCAACCGCAUCAGGGAGGUCGUUCCUUAUGAGGAGAACCGAGUAGAGCUGGUGCCAACCAAAGAAAAUAAUACAGGCUACAUCAAUGCUUCACACAUAAAGGUUACUGUAGGUGGAGAGGAGUGGCACUACAUUGCUACCCAAGGCCCUCUGCCACACACGUGCCAUGACUUCUGGCAGAUGGUGUGGGAACAGGGGGUGAACGUUAUAGCCAUGGUCACAGCUGAGGAGGAGGGAGGAAGAAGUAAGAGUCAUCGUUAUUGGCCUAAACUGGGCUCUAAGCACAGCUCAGCCACUUAUGGGAAGUUCAAGGUGACAACCAAGUUCCGCACAGACUCUGGCUGCUAUGCGACUACUGGUCUGAAGGUUAAGCAUCUUCUCUAUGGACAAGAGAGGACAGUGUGGCAUUUGCAGUAUACUGACUGGCCAGAUCAUGGGUGUCCAGAAGAAGUCCAAGGCUUUUUAUCUUACUUGGAGGAGAUACAGUCAGUGCGUCGCCACACCAACAGUGUGCUGGACAGCAGCAACAACUGCAACCCUCCUAUCGUGGUUCACUGCAGCGCAGGGGUAGGGAGGACCGGAGUGGUUAUCCUAACAGAACUGAUGAUCGGGUGCUUGGAGCAUAAUGAAAAAGUGGAUGUUCCUGUGAUGCUGAGACACCUGCGGGAGCAGAGAAUGUUUAUGAUCCAGACCAUAGCCCAGUACAAGUUUGUCUAUCAAGUGCUCAUCCAGUUCCUGCAAAACUCCAGACUUAUUUAAUCUUUUCAAACAUCCCAGACCCAGCUUUAUGGAUCUGACUGAACCUUACUGAUGAACAAGGGGAACUGCCUUGACAACACUGUGUGCAUAUGCUGCACAUUUUAAAGUUGUCUUGAAAGUAAGGAAUUAUUCUUUACUAGAGUCUCCCAUGGAUUAUUUUAUACAACAUAUAAUUUAUUUUUUCUUGGAAUAACUUGUGAAUUACUUUAAUAACGUGUAAAACUUAUAGUGACCUUCAAAUUGAACCACAUUUGACAUGACUGGUCUGCAUUGUAACAUGUCCAUAAGGAAAGCAUUCCUUUGUAAAGGUAGUUUACUGGCUUUUGUUUUGCUGCGCAGCUUCUGAAAUGAACAGUUAUUUGGCAGUGGGCUUUUUCUCAUGUAAGAACACUUUGGACCCAGGUAUGUGGCUUCUGUGGUAAAAACAGGACCUGCUCGAUGUCAGCUACAGCUCUGUACAAGUGGAAGCUGAGGGAACAGAGUCCUGGAGCACGGAGACCUGAGGCUCUGCACAUGCAGCAGGGCACGUUACAGAGGGCUCAAACACAGGCCGUUGUGAGGGCACAGAGUUUUGGGUGCUGAACUGUUCAAAUUUCACAAGAAUUACGGUUUUAGAGUAGUCCUUGAAAAAGGCACUAUCAGAGCUUUUAAAUGAGGCCUUUGCUACUGUCUGCAGUCCUUGAAGGGAUUCAGAGGAGUCGCAGCAGUGCAGCGUGAGGUGCGGUGACCCAGAGCAGCAGGCUGAGGUCGGUGAACGGGUCUUUCUGGUAACUGUGGUGGUUGUGGGUUGAACAGCACAGGAAUUUCAACUAAAUGCAACUGAAAAAAGCCCUGCUCAAAUCAAGCACCUUCUCCUGAAUUACACUGAAAGCUUGAUUGCCUUGAGGCUCACCUCCUGUAGAAAAGGAAUCUCAUUUAAGUUGGGCAUCUCCAGUUGCCUUAGUUUCACAUGUGAACUGUUGUCAUCAGCACUGUAAUCAUUUUACCUUCUAGUCAUUUCAGCUUUGUCAAAAUGAUUGACAUGGUCUUCCCUCCAUAUCAGAGAUCUCCAAAUAGUGACCCUUGAGAGCUUUAGCUCAGAGUCUUUCUUGAUUCUUCCCGUCAGUGCCUCGUGGUUUAAGAAAAAUCUGGAGCAGUCUUUCAUUCUGUAUUGGCAAACCCCAUUUUGUUAGGGUGUUUUUGUAUUAAAUUGCACAGAUCAUCUCUUUUCUUGGUCUAGUCACUUCGGAUUCUCCCUCCUAUUUAUUAUUACUAUUUUAUCCUGGUAGCGUUUGGGAUUCCAGUUAGGAUUAGGAGGAUGUUGUAUAAAUACAUAAAGGAGAAACAGUUCUUGCCUGAAGUUUACAACCCAAACAGAAAAGGGAAACAGACCUCCUCCACUACGUAACUAGGGCACAGAUUCUUAACUGACUUGCCCAUAGCCAACAAUGAAAUCUGUGACAGAGCUAAGGAAAAAUCCCCGUGUCCUGUAUCUCAGCAGUUAGUGCUCUCCUCCUCCCUCUUCCUCAUCCUCUGCCUCAGCAUUGUCUGGCUGUUCUGCACAAGGCAGUGCAUAUCCCCUUCUCUAAACUGUUUAUUUCACUGGAGUAAAUAGUGUUAUGGAUUAUCUUGCAGCGUGUGCAUGGAAGCAUUUACUUAAAGCUAUUUAGAAGUGAUAGCAACUGCAUUUAUAAAAAAUACAGAAAGGGAAAAAAAAAAAAAAAGCUUUAGUAAGUUGUGGUGGGACUCUUACGCUUAUUUCUGGUGUAAGAGAUGGAAAGUUCCUGCACUGAGGUCGCCCCCCUCCUCAUGCUGACUCCUCUUUCCCACCUCUGCAUGCUGCCACCGUCCCCGAGCAGUCCAACACUCUCCGACUCAGCAGUCCUGUCCGAUUGCUGGAGAAUGGAUCAGGAGAGGAGCCUUGGAGGUCUCCGGUCCCAGCCCUGCUCACCCCACAGCGAACUUUAAACUUGGGCAGGCUUGCCCAGGAUCCAGUUUAAGAAAUCUCCCAAGGGUGGAGAUUUCACAGCCUCUCGGGGCAUGGGAUGCAACGCAGUUACUCUGCCAUGAUGAAAAUGUCUUUCUUGGUAAUCCUCUCCCAGGUUAAAUUUAAUCUCUUAGUCCCAUCACUGCUUUUCCAUUGCAUCCCUGCCUCUGAACCCCUGGUCAACGUACAGAGGCCUACGCCUACAAGCACUCCCAACUUCAGCACCGAAGGGACCGACACACCUACCUUUCCCUAAAAUCAGCGGGAGCUUAAGCUAAGGCUCUGUACCAGGAUGUGUCUUAAAUUAAAACUGCGCUGUGCUGAUUUGGUGCUCUGCAAUACAGGCCAAACGAGGUGACAAGGAUUCUGGUGGAGACUUCUAGCUACCAACAAAUGCUGAGGAGUUAUGUAGCUGUUAAUAUCUUGACCAUGUUCCUUUUAAGGAUCAGUUGAGUUUUCAGUCAACUUCAGCUUUCCUCUAAUUUCUUCUGCUACUGCCAACAUAUCUCUUACUAAAUUAGCAGCAACCAUUUAAAGUCUUUUCAGCAGCAUCUGCAUGAUAAUUACACAGAGAUGCUUUAUAUCUGGGAAACAAGCCAAGGAAUAAACCUUGAAGCAAAGUGUAUUAAAUUAGUUAUCUCAUUAUAACUUUUUGAGUAAUUUCCUAAUGAUGAAUUAAGUUUGAACUCAGAGCUGUCAAGUCCCAUUGCUCCACUUGGAUGUGAGAAGUUGAAAAUCAGGAGGGAAAAGAAUCUGUUCCUCUGUCUUAUUAUUCAGUUCUUCUUGGCUGAAUGUAUACCUCUGUUUCUACAGGGAGCCCAGGAAAGUUAUUGCGUAGGAGAAUAUAAAGAGCUCUGUUUGAAAGGAAGAAAAUUAAGCAAAUGGGUUUUUUUAUGCAAAGAUGCAUCGUAGGUGUCUUAGAAAAAUACUAAUUAUAAAAUGGCAUCAAAAAUCCUUUCCAAAUUAAGUCAGUGCCUAUUAAUGAGCCAAGUAAGUGGCCAUGUAGUAAACAGUCAUUUCCAAUUAACUCCUAACGUGGCUGGUUCGGAGGCCAAUGUGACUCACUUUUUCCCUUUCGUUGUCAAAGAAUGGCAAUUUUAAACUUUUCUUUUCAUCUGACUUCUAUGUAUUUUUUCCUGCUAGAUUUUAUCUUGAGUAGAUCGGCUAAUACUGUGAGUGAGCUGGGCUGGUGCACGUCUUCAGAGGUUCUUUUCCACUCCAGCUUGCAACCAAACCUCAGCAUGCUGAUGUUUUAUGAUUGCAAUGUGAUAGGGCAAAUGUUGUAGGGCAAAACCUGAACCUUCUGACUUUGAACCUGUUGUAGUUUUAUCAGGCCAAAAUUGCUUGGGCAGUAUUUCCUAACCUUUAGGGAGUGACAGGAAAAUGCAUUUUUGCAUCCAAUUUUAUUAGUCAUAGCAGGAAUGAAAGCAUGAGACUUAAAGCAACAGUACUGUUUAGUUUCCGUCCUGCAGACUUUAACGGCAGAGUCCUUAAGCAGAAAAGGAGGACAGUUUGGAGUUGCUGUAUGUUGUCUUGCAUGUUGGUUGCGUUUUUUUUUUAAAAACAUCAAAGCAUGACGGUAGGUUCUAAGAGACCUGUUUCAUCCAUUUGGAAUAAACUCUGGAUUGAAAAAUCUCGCAAAGAUGCCACCAACGGGAAAUGAAUGGAGCUUUAAGGGUCUGACACAAGCAGUCUUAGCCCGAGGCGCCCACCGUGCAGUCUGGCACAUUUAUCCUGUCCUCCCUCGCUCCUUCUAAGAGAGAACUCGGAGUGGAUGAGUUAAGUCUGACUUGGGAAUCCCUUGUGUAUAUUUUCCUUUUUGUGCACUCUUCAUCUGUAUUUAACACCACCACCCCCCUUUUUUUUUAUUUUGUUCCUUGAACUCUUAGCAAUGGUAGUAUUCAGGUUGCUGGCAUCAAAUUCUUGGUUAGAGUUACGGUCUGACCACUUGACGCUCAACACUGUCUGAUCAGGGAUGGGCGAGAUGACAGCCGCGUUCUGGCGCUGCUCCGAGCUGUGGGCAUCCUGCUCCUGCCCCCCGCUGCUGCACUGGAGGACGGUGGAGAUCAGCUGCUCAGCUCCUACUCGUUCCAGCUCCUCCCCAGGCCUACCUUCGCACCUCUUGUCCUUUGACUACCUGAGGAAGGAUGAAGCUUGUCCCACAAACUUUCUCCUCUACAGGUAUAUAGGGACCCUAAAUACUCAGCCUUACCAGAAAUGCCUCUUCCCUAAACUGGUUGCAGCUGGCAGGAGACAUCAUCUGUGAGAACUUACUCAAUCAACUGCUAACGUAGUCCUUAUAAAAAGUACAUCGCAGCCCAUUUGUUCCACUUACUUAUAUCAGUUAGCCACAAAUAUUAUUAUUUGCAUGAUUUCAAGAGCUUUUUUUUUUAAAAAAAAAUACUUUCUUGUAAACAGACAGAAAUGCAAAUAGGAAAAAAAAUAAGUUGGAAAAGAAUGAGUAAGUCUCAUGAGAUGGUCAUUUUAAACUAACACAUUAUUUUUUGAUCCAAUACCUGCUAUGUCUGCGUAGCCCACAAGCGACCCUAAAAUAAGUGCUGAUGGGCAAUCUCGUGCCUGGAUGGAGCACACAUCGAUGGGGAAAGUUCAGAGCUACUGCCCAUGCUGCAUUCCACCCCGCUGACUUCCCACCGGUCUCCUGGGGUGAGGUGGAGACUGAACUGGCUGUUGUCAGUCUUGCGAACAGUUUGUGAACGCUGUGCUCAGAAAGUGGACGCAUCAAGAUGGCCGGUACCUGCUGUAGCAGUUCUUGUUAAGAAUGCUUUACAUCCAGAGAGCUAGGGUGGCAUCCAGCGCGUGAAAUAAAGGAUGCAUUGUACAGAAGGAGCAAGUACCAGAACUGACCUUGAAAGGGAAGCGCUGCACUGCAUGAAAACGUCAUUUGAUCACCCCUCUACAAAACUGGAUAUAAAUCUGCUGCUGUAUAGUCCAAGUCACGCGGAGUUUGGAGAAGGGUUUUGAUGCCAACAAGAGAAAAGGUUACAAGUCUAUAAACCCCAAAGGCAAUCGCCCCAGGUCAUUCUUCGCCUCGUAGAGAGGUUUUCUUGUAGAACGUGGUGCUAUGGGAACUACAGAUGCCAGCUUAGUCUUUGGAGAGGAGGAUGUCAUACAUGCAGCUGCAUGCAGCCUCAGCUUGCAGGGACUGCGAUUUCAGGAAGGUAACAGCUGACUGCCUGGGCUGCUGGGCAAACAACAGAAGAUGGAGGUCUUAACCAUAGAUAAACUGCAUCAGGUUGUGAAACAAAACAUUUAGCACGCAGGUCAAAAAUAUCAGUGUUUAUUAGAGUAUCUUUUAAGUCUUCUAGACUAUCUUUUUAGUCUUUGAGGCUACAGUUCCCUUGGUUCCUCUCAGCCAAAUAUUUUUUGGCUGGCGUUUCUUUCAAGUUUUGUUGCCUGUGCUUUCCCACAUGCCACAACAGCAGGACUUUGCCUUUGGAAGGCUACUGGAAGUCAGCAAUAAAAUAGCAGCUUUCACUGGAGGAUCCCAGCACUCUUUAACAGCAAGGGAAAGAUUCAUACUUCUGCUGAUCCCUGAAAUGAAUAUAGUCCUUAGUAGUUUUACUCUUUCAGAUCACCUGGGUAAGGACUCAGUGUUUUGGACACUCAGCUCCAGCUAUUUCAGGGGCAGUGUUCCCGAAUUAGGCAGG